AUGGCUGGGUGUGAGUUGCUGCAGGGCCUUGCUGCAGAGGCCCUGUGCUGCUGCAUCAGAAAUGACGGCGAGCUGCCAAGGAGUGCUGCUGCUGCCCUCACGGAGUUGCUGCAGAGUGUGGGGCCGCUGCUGCUGCGUCGCAUAGCAGCAGAGGCGGACCUGCUGCUGCAUCGAGUCCGAACGUCUGCAGCAGGAGCUGCAGCGGACGCGGAAGAUGAGAAGCGCCUAUGGCAGCUGCUGGAGGUGCUGCUGCUGCAGCUGCAGCAGCUGCCGAGCGUCCUGCAGCAGCAGCUCUGUUCUUGUGUCUCGCUGCAGCUAGCUCCCUCAGGCCCUCCCCUCAGAAGAGCAGGAAGCAGCAACAGCAGCAACAGCAGCAGCAUCUUCACUUCAUCUGCUGUGCGCCCAUCCCCCUUUGUGGGGGGAAGUGCUUUGCUGCGGCGCUCUAUGUCCUCAGCAGAGGACGUCACUGUUGCUGCUGCUGCUGCUGCUGCUGCGUCUUUAGCAGCAGCAGGGACUGCAGCAGCAGCAGGAUCAGCAGCUCAAGCCACGAUGCUCGCGGGGAGGCCAAUGAGACGCUGUUUAGCGUGUUUGCAGCAGCAGCCUCUCCCGCAGCAGCUGCUGCUGAAUAUGGCGAACAGCAGCACCGCCCAUCACCGUGCUGCAGGGGAGACGCAGGAGCAGCAGCAGGAAGCAGCAGCAGCAGGCUUUGCUGCUGGCACGUCGCCCACAGCAGCAGCAGAGCAGCAGCAGCAGCAACGCGCCAACUUGGCGCAGCGGUUCCAGCAGGCUGGAGAUGCCCUUUCCCCUCGGCGCUUCAUGAGGAGAAUGAGUUCGACGCAGCGCCUGCAGCAGCAGCUGCAGCAGCAGCAGCAGAUCUACACUGCAGCAAGUCUUCAGGAGCGCGUGACGCUGCGGCGGAAGCACUUUUUAACCAUCUGGAUAGACACUGCAUCUGCAACAAGCGCUGCUGCUGCUGUCGUUGCCCGCGCUGCAGCAGCUCAACUUGCAGCAGCACCAUCAGCAGCAGCACAAGCAGCUGCAGCAGAAGCAGCAGCUGCUGCAAACGUGGUGUCCCGGAGAGAGCGCUGCAUGCAGCAGCAGCAGCUCCUGCUGCUCACGUGGCUGCGGCAGCUUUCCAGCGCCCUGAAGGCAGCAGUUCCAUCUUCCACAGCCACAAGGCGGCAGCAGCAAGACUGCAGCACAGUUAAUGGGCUGCUGCAGCUGCAGCGCAUGCAGCUGCUGCCAGUGUGCACGCUGCUUGGCGUUGCUGCGGCUGCAGUGGGGUGCCUUCGGAGCGGCUUCCUUGCUGCGCCUGUUGCAGCAGAGCGACAGCAGCAGCAGCGGGGGCAGCAUCUGCUGCUGCAGGUGCUGCAGGAGCUACAAGAGCUUGCAGAAGUGCUUGGCGGAGAAGGGCGGCCGCGAGCAAUCUCCAGCGGCCUCUUAUCCCAGCAGCUGCUGCAGCGGCAGCUGCAGCAGCGCGUGCAGCCGCUGCUGCUGCUGCUGCUGUGUGAGCUAAGAGACACGUCGCUCAUGGCUCUAGCAGAGGCAGCAGCAGCAGCAAAGGCUGCGCCGCGUCUUGCUGCUGGCAGAAACCUUCCCGUCUCACCCACGCCGUGCGAAUCGCAGCAGCAGCAGCAGCAGCAGCAGCUGACAGCAGCCGAUGUGCUGCUGGGUGCACGGCAGCAGAAGCUGCAGCAGCUGCUGUUUGCUGUUGCCCUUGAAGAAAUGCGUCUUUGCACGGCAGACAGCCGCAGCGACGAGCUCUCAAGCCCUUCUUUGCUGCAGCCUGUUGCAGCAGCAGAUGCUGCAGGUGCAUGCAUGGAAGCAGCAGCAGCGCCGGCAUCAGCAGCAGCAGCAGCUGCUGCUGCUGCAACUGCUGCGGCCCGCUGCAGCGCCGACACCUGGUGGAGCUGCCGCGUCAUUUCUCGCUGGCUGCUGUUGCUGCAUUUGAGCACUUGGGGAGCAGCAGCAGGAUCAACUGCAGCAGAUGCAGAAGCAGGUGCAGCAGCAGCAGCUGCAGCAGGCUCGCCCAGGCAAAUGCUGGAGCUGUUCCGCUGGAGCAUGCAGCAGCUGCAGCAGGGGUUGCUGUCGUUGCGGCGGGCUCUGCCACGCCUUCCCCAGCUGCAGCAGCAACUGCUGCAUUUGUCGCAGCCAAGACAGCAGCAGCGGCUCGUGGUGCAGCUGUCGCAGCAGCUGCAAGAGCAGCAGCAUCUGCUGCUGCAGAGCAUGAGCUCGCUGCUGCGCCACCGCAUCCGCAGGCUUGAGGCAGCAACAGUCUGUCUCUUUGCUGCAACCCAGCAGAGUCAGCACCACGGAAAACAGCAGCAGCAGCAGCAGCGGCAAAAGCAGCAGCUGCUGCGGCAGCGCACGCAAGACUCAUCUUCACAGGGUGGCUCCUUGCUGCUGCUGCAGGCCGACUCCGCAUUGCAGGAAUUUGCUGCUGAGUGCAGCAGCAGCAGCAUGCGGUACAAGUCGGACGUGACUGCAGCACAGCUUGGAGACAUUUGUGCGCUUUUUAUGCGGCAGCAAGAAGCCCGCUGUUUGUCCCUCAUGCUGCAGCUGCUGCAUUCUCGCCAGCAGCAGUUGCAGCAGCUGCAGCUGCUGCUGCAAGUGCAGCAGCAGCCGCAACAGCAGGAUCCGGAAGGCGGAUGGAAGGCUCCGAGUAUCAGUGCUGCACCUGUUGAUGUAGGCGCGAGAUCGACUUACGCGUAG